CCCUGCCACCCCUGCCGGUUCCCCACGGGAGGACCAGGCCCGGGCAGCCAUGGCCCCCUGGCGCAGGACCGACAAGGAACUGCUCGGCGUGGCCAUCUCCAACUUCCAGGGCGGCCAGGCGCCGCAGCUCUCCCUGCAGAUCGGCGAUGUGGUGCGGAUACAGGAGACCUGUGGAGACUGGUUCCGGGGCUAUCUCCUAAAGCACAAACUGUCGCAGGGCAUCUUCCCCAGGUCCUUCAUCCACAUCAAGGAGGCCACGGUGGAGAGAGGGGGACACUCGGAGAGCGUGGCUCCCGCGGAGACCCCGCUGGCUCAGGAGGUGGCGGCCACGCUGUGGGAGUGGGGCGGCAUCUGGAAGCAGCUCUACGUGGCCAGCCGGAAGGAGCGCUUCCUGCAGCUGCAGGCCAUGAUGUGCGAGCUGGUGGAGUGGCGCGCGCAGCUCCUGUCCGGGACGCUGCCCAAGGACGAGCUCAAGGAGCUGAAGCAGAAGGUCACGUCCAAGAUCGACUACGGCAACCGAAUCCUGGAGCUGGACCUGACCGUGAGGGAUGAGGAUGGGAACAUCCUGGACCCCGGCCGCACCAGCAUCAUCAGCCUCUUCCACGCACACCAGGAGGCCACGGAGAAGAUCACGGAGCGCAUCAGGGAGGAGAUGUCCCGGGACCAGGCCGACUACGGCGCGUGCUCCCGGCUCUCCUCCUCGCCCACCCACAGCCUCUACGUGUUCGUGCGCAACUUCGUGUGCCGCAUCGGGGAGGACGCCGAGCUCUUCAUGUCGCUCUAUGACCCCAGCAAGCAGGCCGUCAUAAGUGAGAACUACCUGGUGCGCUGGGGCAGCCGCGGCUUCCCGAAGGAGAUCGAGAUGCUCAACAACCUGAAGGUGGUGUUCACGGAUCUGGGAAACAAAGACCUCAACAGGGAUAAGAUCUACUUGAUUUGCCAAAUAGUUCGGAUCGGGAAGAUGGAUCUCAAAGACACCAGUACAAAGAAGUGCACGCAGGGCCUGAGGCGGCCCUGCGGGGUGGCAGGUAUGGACAUCACCGACAUCAUCAAGGGGAAGGUGGAGAGUGACGAGGAGAAGCAGCACUUCAUCCCCUUCCACCCGGUCACAGCUGAAAACGACUUCCUGCACAGCCUGCUGGGCAAAGUCACGGCCUCUAAAGGAGACAGUGGCGGGCAGGGCCUGUGGGUGACCAUGAAGAUGCUGGUGGGCGACCUCACGCAGAUCCGCAAGGACUACCCGCACCUGGUGGACAGGACCACCGUGGUGGCCCGGAAGCUGGGCUUCCCCGAGAUCAUCAUGCCAGGAGACGUGCGGAAUGACAUCUACAUCACGCUCCUACAAGGUGACUUCGACAAGUACAACAAGACCUCGCAGAGGAACGUGGAGGUGAUCGUGUGUGUGUGUUCCGAGGAUGGCAAGACGCUGCCCAACGCGAUCUGCGUGGGCGCUGGGGACAAGCCGAUGAGCGAGUACCACUCCGUGGUUUACUACCAAGUCAAGCAGCCUCGCUGGAUGGAGACGGUCAAGGUGGCGGUGCCCAUCGAGGACAUGCAGAGGAUUCACCUGAGGUUCAUGUUCCGGCACCGCUCCUCCGUGGAAUGUGAGACAAAGGGGGAGAAGAACUUCGCUAUGUCCUACGUGAAGCUGAUGAAGGAGGACGGGACCACGCUGCAGGAUGGCUGCCACGACCUGACGGUGCUCAAGGGAGACAGCAAGAAGAUGGAGGACGCCAGUGCGUACCUGACCCUGCCUUCCGCUCGGCACCACGCGGACAGCAAGGGGGCCACCUUGAGCCGGAGCUCCAGCAGCGUCGGGGGGCUGUCCGCGAGCUCCCGAGACAGCUUCUCCAUCUCCACCCUGGUGUGCUCUACCAAGCUCACCCAGAACGUGGGUCUGCUGGGGCUGCUGAAGUGGCGCAUGAAGCCGCAGCUGCUGCAGGAGAAUCUGGAGAAGCUGAAGAUCGUGGACGGCGAGGAGGUGGUGAAGGUGGGUGCCUGGUUCUCGCUCGUCCGCCGACUCGUCCACUGGGCAGCUCUGGGCUUUGGGGGACCACAGGAAACCCGACACGUCCCCGGGAGGAGCAGAACCCUGUUUUACUCACUUUCUCCCGCCCUGGGGAGGCAGCGGCAGCAUUUCGGACCCACGCCUUCAC